CAGGCCGUUUGCGUUCUUUUUGUUUUAGGACACGUCUUUGGCAAGCCCACCAAGAAGGAGUUUUGUUAUGACAACCUUCACAUCAGCCGCAAUGCUUGGGACACCAACUUGCUCAAGGUCAACCCCGAGUACAUCUCCGUGAACUGGGAGUCGAGUGGUGGUGGUGCUUUCGCUGUCAUCCCCGUAAACGAGCGCGGCAAGCUCCCCGACCAAAUACCGCUGUUCCGUGGACACACUGCUGCUGUGUUGGAUACCGACUGGAACCCGUUCAACGAUCGCAUCAUUGCCUCGGCCUCGGAUGACGGCAAGGUGUUCAUCUGGGAGGUGCCGCAAGGGUUCACACUCCAUACCGAUGCGGAAGAGAUUGUUGAUGUAGCUCCUGUUAGCAAGCUGGGUGGACAUUCCAGGAAAGUUGGACAUGUUCUCUUCAACCCGGCCGCCGAGAACAUCCUGGCCUCUUCUUCCGGCGAUCAGACUAUUAAGCUGUGGGAUAUCGGUACCGGGCAGGCUGGUCACACUCUGAAGCACCCCGAGAUUGUGCAGAGCUUGUCGUGGAGCGCUAAUGGCGCCAUGUUGGUGACUACCUCGAGAGACAAGAAGCUCCGCGUCUGGGAUGUCAGGCAGGAGAAGCCGGUCCACGAGCACCCCGGCCACGAGGGUGCCAAAAACAGCCGCGCUGUGUGGCUCGGCGAGCACAACCGCAUUGCCACUACCGGCUUUUCGAGGAUGAGUGAGCGGCAAAUCGCUCUCUGGGAACCUGGUCGCGCGCAACCCAUUGGCGGCUUCACUUCUCUCGACUCCAUUUCUGGCGUUUGCAUGCCCUUCUGGGACGACGGAUCCAACUGCCUUUAUCUCGCUGGCAAGGGUGACGGCAACAUUCGCUACUUUGAGUAUCAGAACGACAAGUUCGAGUUCCUCGCCGAGUACAAGUCUGGUGAUCCCCAGCGUGGUGUCGCUUUUGUUCCUCGUCGCGGUAUCAACGUUCACGAGAACGAGGUUAUGAGAGGUUACAAGACGGUCAACGAUACCUACAUUGAGCCCAUCUCUUUCACCGUGCCUCGUCGCGCCGAGACCUUCCAAUCCGACAUUUUCCCUCCCGCUACCGGUGUCAAGCCCGCCAUGACUGCCAAGGAGUGGUUCGACGGCAAGGAGGGUCUUCCCAACAAGAUCGACUUGGAAAGCAUCUAUGACGGCAAUGCUCCUGUGGAGGUCGCUUCCGACUACAAGCCUCCUGUUGCGAUUCCGGCUCCCGCCCCGGCUCCCGCCCCGGCCACCGCGCCUGUUGCCUCGCCCAAGAAGGAGCCCGAGCCGGCUCCUGUCGCCCGCGCCCCUGCUCCUUCGGUUGCUGACCAAAAGACCUCCAUCUCGGCCAUGGCCAACAAGUUCCAGGACGAUGAAGAGUCUGGCAAUGAUUCCGAGGUCUCGAGCUUCGAGGAGAUCUCGCGUCCUGCUCAGCGCCAGAGCAUCAUCAUCAAGUCACCGAACAAGCCGUUCCCGAUCGCGACUACUCCCCCUCCCGGCACCAAGCACUCUCCUAGUCAGGUGUCCCCUGUCAGAUCCCCCGGCAAUGUAACACCUUCUGUGAAGCAUACCCCUACUCCCUCGGCAGCUACCGCCGCUGCUGCGGCUGCGGCGGCCACGCCCUCUGGGACUCCUAUCGAAGUGUCUCUGGAGCAGAUCAAGCACCUCUUGGUCCAGCAGGCCGUCAUCAUCAGCUCCCAGAGCGAGAAGAUCACCUCCCAGACCAACGUCAUCAACCGCCUUGCCAGCGACGUCGAGACCCUGAAGAAGCGGGUCGAGGCCGGGUCGCAAGAGCAGAGCGAGCGGAUCCGGCUUCUGGAGCUAGAGUUGGAAGAGGCCCGAUCUUGA